UAAUGCUGAAGCAUAGGAUCUAGGGUCUACGAAGACAAAUGGAUAUCAUACCUUCUUUAUUGCUACUCUCAAGCUCUCUUUUGCUGUUAAAUGUCGCAGGGGACUCGCCAUGUAGUGAAGGAUUCAUGGACUACAGCCUUCUGGAGUCCAAAGCUGGUGAUACUGAAAUUUCACAAUCUAUACCCAACAAUAUAGCUAAAGGAGAUCCUUCAAAAUGGAUCAUUCAAGAUAAUAGCAAUAAGUUUGAUUGCUCUGAUACAAUGACAUUGAGAGAAGUCCUUAUUGGCGUUGAUAUUAGGACUGAGACUAGUACAAGAAAUAAAUAUCCUAGCAUUGAGGUUUGGCGUGUAAAUGGUAGUUCCUCUAAAGGUGGAAGUAGCUAUAAAAAAUAUGACCCAGGAAAAUCCUUCACAAUAAAACUCUUUCCUGAUAAUUUUACAACAAGCGGUCUUUAUCGAUAUAGACUUUCACCUUCUUUAUCAAUCAACAGACAUGACAGGCUUGUUCUAUAUCAGCCUUCUAAUGCUGAGAGUGUGGUGAGAUUCUAUACAGUGACUAGCAACUCAAAUGAAGAUCAAAUUGGACGGUUUGAUGAGAUUGAUGAAAACGAGGUACGUGUUAGGUCCAUGGGUAGAAUGGAGGCUACAGUUUCAUGGACCACUUUUACUAAAGUUCUAUUGCAACCAAUACUGGACAAUACAGAUUGUUAUUCCAUUGAUGAAUCAUUUGAUGCUAAAAGACUCUUGGUAACAAAUUUAAAAUUAGUCAGUGAAAUUAGAGUGUUCCCUAGUAUAAAGUUCACAUGUCACGGUAUCAUUACAAAAUGGAUAAUUGUUGCUACAACUGAUACUCAUCCAUUAAUAAUGAUAAGACAUUCUGAUAAUACUACAACCAAUGCAAUAUCAAUAGACAUAGACACUAUUCCAUCAGCAAUGGACUCCAACGUGUAUAACAUCACAGUGACUGAUGAGAUCAGAGUACAGCCUGGUGAUGUAUUAAUGAUCAAUAGUACUGGCACUCAUAUGUACUAUCAACAAUACAAUGGACCUUUUAACUACAGACUGGGACCUAACAGUGUACUAGCAAGGAUAGAUUCUAAUGAUUAUCCACUCAUCUCUGCUGUAAUAAGGUCAACUAUACCUUCUUCUGAUGUGUUCAGGAUAACUUCCUCUUAUACUGAGAGUCCAUCUGAAGUCAUUUCUAAAUCAACUGUGAUCAUCACCACAACAACAACACAGACAGCAUACCACACACUGUCAAGCAGUUUGUCAACACUCAUCAUUCAAACAGCAGUCACAAAUGUACCUAUUACCCCAACAACCGUUCCUGCAUCAAAUUUUACUUCAACAAGUAUUAUUCCUAGUUUUUCUACAUCUAAUGAACAUAAUCUUCCUCCAACAGGUACUGUAAAUAUUUCUCUAACAAUGACUACACCAAAUACUUCAUCUAUUCCUCCAACAUCUAUUGUCCCUACUAAACCAAUUCCUAAUGAAAGUAGUCAUCCUGUACGGUCACAAGGAAGCAUCAGUCCAACAGAAGUCACUCGUACACAAAACACUGUAUCACGAGGCAAUCCUACCAGUGAAGUGUUAGUCACUUCAAGUAGUAAUGCUACCUCACUGACCACUACACCAAUGGAAAGCACACCUGAUCAAAGUACAGGGAGUGUAAUACUAACAGGAAGUAUUAGUAGUGUAUUUAUAUUACUGGUAGUUACUAUACUAGUAAUAUUAAUAGUGAGUGUAUUAGUGUGUAAAAGAAGAUUGCAUAAAACUUCAAAUGGAAAUGAUUUCAAUUCUGAUGAAAUAAAAGCUGAUAUAAAUCAACAAUCAGAUGUACCAAGUAUAGAUAACAGAUUGAAUACACUAACAGCAUCAACUAAUCCUGCUUAUGGAGUAAUUGGGGAACAAGAAAACUGUAAUACUGAUGUAUCUGCUAAUCCUGCUUAUGGUAUUAUUGAAAUAGGAUCUUGUAUCUCUGCUAAUCCUGCUUAUGGUGUUAGCACUGGAGGAAUGGAAAAUAUUGAUCAAGUAUAUGAUGAACCAAGAACAAUGAUGUAUAAUGAACAAGAGGAUAUUAUAGUAACAGAUGAGGCACAUCAACAAAUGAAAGAAGAAGAAGAAGAACUGUACAUAUAACAGGAACAAUGUUAAUGACAUAAAUAUAUCAAUACUAAACUCUUUUUAGAUCAAUUAUAGUCUUGAUUUCAUUAUUAGUAAUAAGCUAAUAAUCUAUUGCCAUUCAAUUUCUAUAGCAAUAAACUCUCCCAUUUAA